AUGAUUAAUGUGGAUGAAAGUCAACGUGACUUGCAACGGAUUGUAUGGAAAAAUUCUAAAAGUGAAGAGGUCAAGACUUAUAGGUUAUGUACGGUAACAUAUGGUACAACAAGCGCACCGUACCUCGCCAUGAGAUGUCUCAAGCAGUUAAGUGUAGAUGGGGAACAGCAGUAUCCAAAAGCUUCAAUCAUUGUGAAGUCAGACUUCUAUAUGGACGAUGUUCUGACCGGAGCGGCGGAUUUAGAGACUGCGAAGGAUCUUAAAGGGGAAAUUAUAGAACUGUUAGGAAGUUGUGGAAUGCAUCUUCACAAGUGGUGCGGCAAUCAUCCAGAGUUGAUUGAUACAUCAUCAGAUGCAGAUUGCUACGAUUUUGAUAAGCUGAGCGACACGAAAACUUUAGGACUGUUAUGGAAAUCACAGAAUGAUGUUUUUGCUUUUAAUUUAUCCUGUGAAGAUCAACCUAAAGUUGCGAAAAGAACUGUCCUAUCUAAAAUUGCGAGGAUAUUCGAUCCAUUGGGGUUGCUUGGCCCCAUAGUAACAAAAGCUAAAAUUAUUCUUCAGCGUUUAUGGAAGUUAAAAGUAGACUGGGAUGAAUCUCUACCUAAAAAAGAAACUGAAGAAUGGCUUCGGUUUAUUCAUGCUCUGAAGAAAACUAGUAACGUUUACGUCGACAGAUAUUGUUUGGCCCUCUUGAUCGCGCAUGCGUCUGACCCACGCCACCAAAGUGAACCUGGAGUCUCAGCAGUGCUGCCGCCUACUGGACCAGCAGCCAACAGGACAGCCCGUCGCUGCACCUGCAGGACUACGCCCCUGGCUGGUAUGAGACCUGCUCAUAGAAGAACUGAUUCGGAUGGUUGUUCUUGCCAAUCCACUGGCUCUGAAGAGAGUUGCAGUCUCACCGACGAUUAUCCUUCAGACACGACUACUUCUAGCACUCGUUCAAAUAGCCUGCAGGCCGGAGGGGGCGGGGGUAGAGGGGCCGCCCCGCACACGGUUCUCUCCGGAUGGAACUUCUACAGUUCGCACCACCCUGCGCCGCCCCAGACCCAACAGAGGGGCGUCGUCAACGGACAUCGUGCAACUUCGCAAGAGAGGGUGUGCUGCAGCAAGGGUAAUCCCAACCACAGAAGGUGUUCCAGUGGAUCUUCUUCCAACCAUUCCAAAAGAGCUGGAGAAAUGGAUUCGGGUUACAGCGGUGGACCAGGCAGUCUGAAUGAUAGUCCCCAAGAACCAUUCUUUUUACACGAGCCAAAUAUGACAUCAGAUGACCGAGUGAAGAAGUUAUUCGAUAACAAGACCAUCAAGAAAAAGGAAGAUUUAGAGAAUGGUCAUGAUGGAACUAUUACCAACGGACAUAGCAAUACAAAUACUAAUGGAUCACAAAUUGUUACGGUCGAAGUGCAUCAUUCCUCUGCAAGUGAAGAUUCGAACAGUGUGUCGGAUGUGAGCGACCCUCUCCCCGACUACGACGACCAGGGCAGCCAGUCCAGCAGCAACGGCAACAUCAACAACUGCAACGGCACCAACGGUCGCGAGAAGACCAAGCGUGUGAGCCGCGAGGCCAGCAGCCUGAGCACGGACGAGGGCAUCUACCACGAGGGUGACGACGACGAAGACGACGAUCUCGACCACGAGCUGAACCAGCUGGUGCCGAACCACCACAACCAGAACGAUGAAGAGGACGAUGAGGACGAGCUGCAUGACAACGAGGUCAGUUUCUCUCCUCACCACCAGGAGGAUCUGGUGGCCAUCCGCAACAAGAGGCCGCCCCCUGAAGAAGAGCAUCCGGCCGCUUACGGGGGUCAUGCGCACGCGUCUCGGAGAGCAUCCGGACCCAUUGAUGCCCCUCACGAAGACAGCAGGAAGAAUGCAGCCGAGGUUUACCAGGAAAACGGCACGCUCAAGUCGAACCACGAAAAACGCACCAUCUCCAGGCCCAAAGAGAAAAAGUUGGUGGAACCCAUGUGUUCUCCACCACCGCCACCCCCUCCCCUUCCGGUGAAGAAAACAGAGGAACAAAAAAGCAUUCCGAAACCUCCUUCUCCACCACCUGCACCUAAGAGUCUAAACCAGGUGAAGAAUUCGCCUGGUCUAGAAACGAUUCAAACCAGAGCAGCCCCGCCCCCUCCACCACCUCCAGAUUUACCACCAGUGAGAGACAUAAAGGUUCUGGCCGCGAAAUCGGUUCCAUCGGAAGAUUCUAAAGGUCAUCCUGAAGACGAUCGCUCAUCUCAAAAAUCUGACGAGUCAUCGGUGGAAGGGGAAGGCAAAAGGUACAUCAAAGCGACCGCCACAAGGAAAAAUAGUCACCAGAGAACACUACCUUUCAUUCCUCCUCAAUUUGGCUUCCCGCCUGAUUCCAACGAAAAUAUUCGACCAUCAGAGUAUCUUCGCCAAGCAAAGGGAGGUUCCAAGAACUCUACUUUGAAGUCAAAUUCCACGCUUCAUCGUGCAGUGUCCCUUGGUGAAUUAGCUGUUGCUUCAAGGUCAGAAAAAAUGACAUAUAGCAGCAGAACGGAGAGCCAUGAAACGCUGUUAGAAAGCGACUCCAGGUCACGGUACGUCCAAAGCCCAACUGGCAGCACAGACUCAGAUUGCAAACAGCACGCCCCUCUGAGUAGCACGAACAGCAAUGGAAAUACGCCUUUGUUUAACAUAACAGUAGAACAGUUGCAAACAGUGCAUCUAAAGAAAACAGAUAAACCCAGCACACCGGAAAGGACAGUGUUGCUGCAGAAAAAUGAUCUUAUAGCUGAGCUGAAACAGACAAAAGAUAUCCAAGGUGUCAGGAAAAUGAAAGAAGAAAGGAGUCGUAUCGGAGAAGAAAUUUACUCGGACGUUUCUGGGCAAUUCAAAGCGGAAAAUUUUGUGAGUCAGAUCCCGGAAGUAGACGCCAAUGGCUGCGUCAUUCCGCCUUGGAAAAGACAGAUGUUGGCCAAGAAGGCCGCAGAAAAAGCCAAAAAAGAAGCGGAAGAGCAAAGACUGAGGGAGGCCGAGGCGAAGAAGCUGAAUUCGAUUCCUCCUUGGAAGCGGCAGCUGCUCCAGAGGAAAGAACCUGCAAGUCCUGUCACGACUCAAAGCAUUCAUCGGACGGUUUCACAACCUGUAGUUAAAUCCGUCGAGGUCCCUACUCACGCUCCUCCUGAAAAGCCACAAAUUGAACUGCCUGCUCCAAUCACAGAACAAGUCACAGACACCCAAAAUGAAGACUCCGACGACAUUCCGCCAAAUCCUUGGCUUCAGCAACUUCGCAAAACUAAGAGUGUAUUCCGAUGACCAUGAAACGACGUGGGACAUUUCGGGCCAAUGACCUUAAGUGUUUAAGAAGAUACUAUAUCCCAGCCACCCACUAUUGUCCUAUUUGGGACGCCUAAGACUUAGUCAGGCUGGUGAUCUUGGAGGCAAACGUUUUUGUUUGCUGUGCUCAAACUCUUUUCGGACUAAAUUGUUCGAAAGUUGAAUUUUCACCAAACGUGUAACCUGCUUCAGCAGAAACUGUACUUCAUGGAACUAUUCUUUAAUUUAAGGGCAAUCUUG